UUGCAGAUUUUUAUGAUGGAAAAUUCUGCGUAUAAGUCAGAAACACUGCCCGGUGCGAGCUUGAUGGUUGACGGCUAUCUCCGCGGAACAUGCGUCUCAAACGUAAGGAAGAGCCAUGUUGAUCCUUUUAAAGGCCCUGCUCAGAUGGCUUUUAUAAACGAGAGUAUUCACUCUGGGAAUGACCAUGGCAGACAUACUGAAAACAUUACAGUCGGACGAAAAUUUCAGAACGCCACAUCAAAUAUGCGGGAGUAUAAUGCGCAGUACAACGGUCUAACUAUCAUUCCAUGGGAGGAUUUUGUAUCCAACCCACGUCAGCUCUGUGACCUGUUUCAUCUAGAAAAGACCGGUUUUAUUACCUUUGACCCUGAUGAAGUAAACGUUUUCUUCCAUGCAACCCGAAUGAAUAAACCUCCGUUAGGCGAGAUCAGCGAGAACGGUGGAGCUUGGGUUUUGACAGUAGAAAAUACUUCUCAGUUGGAGAUGAUUCGACUGUCGCUUACGGAGAGAAUAUCUGUUUUUGGGCUAACCUUGGUUAGAAAAGGAAAACAGUUUAAACAGAAACAAAGAGCACCAUGUUUAUUAAUGUUGGACCCCACCGACUGCUUGAUAGGCGGACAACUCAAUGCGCACAUUAUGAGAUGCUCCAAAAUUAUGGAAUCACAAGGAAAAUUUUGCCUAGAGAUAAAUUUCAACGGAUCAGUUGAGCGAUGGUGCAGGAAAAUUACUUCAACAAGAUGUGAGUCAGUUGGUGCAAAAAUCUUGAUCACGAACGGCGAUGAACCUGACACUCUGAGAACGGUGGAGAACAUAUUGUGCUGCAUUGCUUGUUUUCCUAUUUGGGCUAUACAAACCGCAAUCAUAAAGCUGCAUCGAGAAGUCGCUUAUGAAGAUAUUUCUAUGGCACUCAAUGCGGAGGAAAUCAUACUACAUGGUUCUGUUGGCGGAAUUGAGAAUCAAAGAAAACAACUAUUUAGAGAGCGUCCGAACAGCACAGUUUUCUACACGAAAUCCCCGGAAUCACAUGCUGAAGAUCAAGGUCACAAGUAUAUUUGCAUCAAGAAGUAUGACAAACAAUUUGCAGAUGUUUCAGGUGAAUGCACAAGUCGAGAAAAUCAAUAUGAAACCACGAGUUUGUAUCAUCUAUUUGAGGAUAAACAUAAAGACACACCAGGCAGAAGCCUUCGGAAAGAAAACCACGUAGGAAUGAUGGACAGCAACAGGAAGCAAGGUCACCAAAAAUGUGCGCAUAACGACAGGAAACAAUGUCACCAAAGCUGGAUUGUGAACGACGACAGGGAACCAGAUUACAAAAACUGGAGUGUGAACGACGACAGAGAACCAGAUCACCAAAAAUGGAGUGUGGAGAACCAAUAUCCAACCCGCGUGGAAAACACAGUCGCAAAUAUCCAUAUCGAACAAAGAAUGAAUGUAAAGUAUAUUGAAACUGAUUCUGAAAAUGAUGACGAUUUAUUAAUUUCUCAUGUACACGAACCAAUUAAACAGAAAAGGUUGCAUAAGUAUGAACGAGUGAAUUCAAACGAUGAGAACGGAGAUAGAAAGAACCACUCUGUAAAAAUACAAAGCACCACUGGGUCGGUAAAUAAAUCGGGUUUUAUUCAACGUGAUCCAACCGAUCAACAGAUGUCUAGUUUUGUUGAUGACGCAUCUCCUGAAUCAAGUUGGAUCCAAGAUCCAAGCAGUGAAAAUGGAAACUUGAACUCGAAAGAAAUCGGUAGAAAGGAGGUAAAUGUGACUGAAUCUGGUGACUUUGAAAUGUUUACAGACCGCAGUGGAAAUAUUCCAUCAGAUAACAAAUUACAAACAAAUGAAUUAAAUGUUUCCUCAAAUAAUAUCACUGAUGACGAUAUGGAGGUGUCUGAUUUAGAAUACGACAGUGCCAGUGAAACAGAAAUUAAUUCAAAUAAUAACAUCCGCCAAAACCAUCGUCAUAAUGUUCAGAAGAGAAAGAUCCCACGGCAAGAUUCCACAAGGAAAUAUAUAAGCGUACAUACACCUAGACGGAACCCCAAAACAGCCUUCUCUCUAGCACCGAUGUUAUAAGUCAACGUGAAUGCCCCAAAACAGCCUUCUCUCUAGCACCAAUGUUAUAAGUCAACGUGAUUAAAUAAUUUCUGUUAAAAUGUCA